UAAUUAUAUUUGAUAAUCGUGGAAUUGGAGAGUCAACAGUUGCUUCUUAUGAUGACCCUAUCACAAUUGAAUUAAUGGCGCAAGAUACAAUUGAAUUAAUUAGACAUCUUGAAAUUGAAAGGUUUAAUUUAUUUGGAAGGUCUAUGGGUGGUAAUAUAGCACUCUGUACUGCCUCAAAGAUUCCGUCGGAUCUUAAACUGGAGAAAUUAAUUAUUUGCUCAGGUUUUGCUCGUUUUAGAACAGAUGUAAAGUUCUCCGAGAAAAUUGAACAACUGUAUAAAUUACCAAAAAUGGAUCAUCCUAAAACUAUUCAAGAGCAAAAGGAUAUGCUUCUUAAUCGUGAAAAGAUUUUAGCCGAUUAUCUGCUUGAACAUCCUGAUAAAUUUGAUAAAAUUUCGGAGAUUAUACUUAAAACCAAUGUUAACCGUCCAUUUGAAAUUUUAAAACGUCAAUGGGAAGCAAUCAAACAGUCUGACUUGGUUUCAAGGAUAAAAGAAAUUAAAGUUCCGACGUUGAUAAUUCAUGGUGAAGUUGACGAAAUUGUUCCUAUUGAAGAAGCGGAAUUACUUAGUCAUGAAAUUCCCAACACCAAACUUUGUAGGAUUCCUAAAGUUGGACAUAGUAUUUAUAUAAUGGCACCUGACUGUAAAUGUCGAUUCCAACUUGAUUUAGGUCAAUGUCCAGAAAUUGAACAAAUUUAUUUUAUAAAAGCAUAUUGUGCUGAUUUAAAUAAAAAUCUUGGUUUAAACUUCUACAUUGACAAACCAAUCAAAUUGCAAUAUUUACAAAGCAAAAGAAGCAAAAAAGCUUUAUAUGAUUUAAGAACCGAUCAUCUAAACUCUGAUUAA